AUAAAAAAGGGGUCGUCCCCGUCGUCGCCUCCUCCUCCCCCGCCACCGAUACGACGAAGGGGGGAAGAUGAUGACGACGAAGAGCUCGAUGGGGGCCAUGGAAGGGGCGGUGCUCGACGACGUGAUACACCGGCUGCUGGAGGGCAGGCGGAGCGGCCGCCAGGUCCAGCUGUCGGAGGCGGAGAUCCGCCAACUCUGCCUCGAGGCCAAGAACGUCUUCCUCGCCCAGCCCAACCUCCUCGACCUCCACCCCCCCAUCAAGAUCUGCGGUGAUAUUCAUGGACAAUAUCUCGACCUUCUCAAGCUGUUUGAAAUAGGUGGCUUCCCUCCUAAUUCGACUUAUUUAUUUCUCGGAGACUAUGUGGAUAGGGGCAAACAAAGCUUGGAGACAAUAUGUUUGCUCUUGGCAUAUAAAGUCAAAUACCCUGAUAAAUUCUUUCUUCUACGUGGCAAUCAUGAAGAUGCAAAAAUAAAUAGAGUCUAUGGAUUUUACGACGAAUGUAAAAGGAGAUUCAAUGUUCGACUAUGGAAGACAUUCUGUGAUUGCUUUAAUUGCUUACCCAUGGUAGCACUGAUUGAUAAAAAGGUAUUAUGCAUGCACGGGGGCCUUUCACCGGAGCUGAAUAGCUUGGAUCAAAUUAGAGAAAUCUCAAGGCCCAUUGAAAUCCCAGACUAUGGCCUUCUCUGUGAUCUACUAUGGUCUGAUCCUGAUCCUAAGAAUCAAGGAUGGGGCGAAAGCAAUCGCGGGGUUUCAGUUACCUUUGGCGCUGAUAAACUUGCAGAGUUCUUGGAAAAGCAUGAUCUUGAUCUAGUAUGCCGCGGUCAUCAAGUAGUUGAGGAUGGAUACGAGUUUUUCGGAGAACGAAAAUUAGUUACUCUAUUUUCAGCGCCAAACUACUGCGGGGAGUUCGAUAAUGCGGGUGCAUUGUUGAGCAUAGAUGAAAGCCUGUGCUGUUCAUUUGAGAUAUUGAAACCUCAUGAUCCCAUAUCUACUCCAGGCAGCUCCAACACAACAAAAGCAGCUCCUAAGAAGGGCUUGUCUAAAGAUUAAGGUACUUCAAACUGACACCUUGAAUUCUCCUUGUUGAAGAUUCUUACCGUUUGUUGUGGCCUCCAGUCAGUAAUUGGCAAAGAUUGACGUUUCUUCCUUAAAACUCAGAGAUCUAAAGGGUGUUUGCUAAUCUGUGGUACUUAAUUCUGAUAGGUCUUACAACCCCUUCAACAGCCAAUCCUAAGGGUCAGAAGAGCCAAUCCUAAGGGUUAGAAGAGCCAAGCUUGUCCAACGCGCGCUGGCAAACAACUGUAAAUUUACACUAAAGCUUUGUUCUUUGUACAGCAAUCCGUAAUUGUUCUUCCAUGUCGUCUUCUUCUUCACCCAUGUAGGUGGCUGGAUUUUGUACCUAAUACUUGCAAGAGAAUCUCUUCGGACGCUGCCAGUGUUCUGGGUAUCGUUCCAUAC